ACUUUGAAAAAAGUAUAGAUUCUACUGGUAAAGCUCUAAAGCUAAUAGUGAAAUCAUAUUCAAAUUUGGAGUAUCUCAAUACAUCCACUAGGUGUUUUAAUUGCAUUAGACAUAAAAGACAUAUUUAUCAAAUUCGAGAAAAAAAUAAUAUAGGUUUAUAUGCAAUCGCAAAUUUAUGCCAUAAAUUAGAAUAUCUAGAUAUUUCUCAUUGUGAAAAGUUUACUGAAACAUCAAUUUGUAGUAUUAUUCAUUCUUGCUCAAGGCUUCAACAACUUGAUCAUAGCUAUUGUGAAAUUACUGAUAUAACUAUUGAAGAAAUUGCUAGAUUAUAUCUUAAUUUAAAAUAUCUUAAUUUAAGAGGGUGUUAUAAAAUCAGCAAAGAAGUUGUGAAUCAGCUUGUUUUACUUAAUCCAAAUAUUCAUAUCGAGAAUUACGUGAAAACUUUAACUCUUUCUGAUCUUAUUGAAGUGGUUAUAAAUCAUCUUACACAGAAUAACGUUAUUAAUAUACAGACUUUAACUUAA